AUGCUCUCAGAUCUCCCCAACCCAACCCCGCCCCUCUCCCUCGGCUUCAGCGGGGUCUGGUCGCCGGACGAGAAGCUCUGCUUUUCGCUCCUACAACAGAUCCGCUUAUCAACCCUUUCUUUGUCCUCUCGCCAUCUCUCCCCCCUCCUCCAAAUCCACGCCUUUUUCCUUCGCCGCUCCCUAUACACCAACAUCCACCUACUUACUCUUCUUAUCUCGUCCCUUUCCAAUGUUGCUGCCUCUCUCUCCAGGGGUUUUCCCGCGGCUUCCACGUCAGUUCUACUCCACGCCCGCCACGCCUUCGACUGCCGCGCUUCCCAGGACACACUACUCUGCAACUCUAUGAUCCGUUCUCUCGUCCAAAAUCGCCAUUGCGACGAAUCAGUUUCUCUCUAUCGAGACCUCCGGCGAUCGGCAGACUUCAACGCUGACAGCUAUACUUUCCCUUUCCUUCUUAAAGCCUGCGCCUUUUUGUCAAAACCAAUGGAUCGGAGAGAAGGCUCGCAGCUGCAUGCUCACAUUGUCAGAAUGGGUUUCGGCUGUAAUGUAUUUGUAUCCACUGGUUUAGUUGAUAUGUAUGUUAAGGCUGGAAAUUUGAGAUCCGCAAGGAGCGUCUUUGACGAAAUGGCUGAGAGAACCCCAGCGUCAUGGACUGCGAUGACGGUUGGGUAUGCAAGGAUUGGAGAAGCUGGAGCUGCGAUGGAAAUGUUUCAGUUAACGCCGGAGAAGGACAUAGCAGCAUUCAAUGCUAUGAUUAAUGUUUUUGUGAAAUCAAGCGACAUAGUUUCUGCCCGGAGGCUGUUUGAGGAAAUGCCUCAAAGAAAUGUGGUGUCUUGGACUACUCUGCUGUCCGGGUACUGCCAGGCUGGUGACAUGAUUUCUGCAAGGCAGUUGUUUGAUGAAAUGACUGAAAAGAACCUUUUCUCAUGGAAUGCCUUGAUUGGUGGGUACAGCAGCAAUCGGCAGCCUCACAAGGCGCUGGAGUUGUUCCAAGAGCUACAGUCACAUUCAUUCCCAUUCAGCCCGGAUAAAGUCACACUUGUGAGCAUCAUUCCAGCCAUUGCUGACCUCGGUGCAAUGGACCUCGGCCGAUGGAUCCACAGCUAUGCUCGGAGGAAAGGGCUCGACCUUGUGAACACAGUUUGCACUGCAUUGAUAGACAUGUAUGCAAAAUGUGGGGAUGUAGAUGAGGCAAUAAAGCUCUUCAACUGCAUGCGUAGAAAGGAAACCGCAUCUUGGAAUGCUCUUAUCAAUGGACUGGCUAUAAAUGGAAGGGCAAUGGAAGCAUUGGAUGCAUUCAUUGAGAUGCAGCAGAAUGGGGCCAACCCUGAUGACGUGACUAUGGUCGCUGUAUUGACAGCUUGCAGCCAUGGUGGGCUUGUUGAGGAAGGGAGGAGGUGGUUCAAUGAGAUGGAGAAUUUUGGUAUAGAACGGAAGUUCGCACACUAUGGCUGUUUUGUGGACAUCCUUGGCCGAGGAGGUCAUCUAGAGGAAGCUGAGGCUCUUAUCAAUAAUAUGCCAUCUGGUCCGAAUGGGAUCAUCUUAAGCUCUUUGUUGUUUUCCUGCUUUUGCCAAGGAGAUGUUAGCAGGGCGGAGAGGGUGAUGAAGAUGGCAUCUUUAGUUGAUCCGGGAAAUGUUAGGAAUUAUGUAAUGAUGAGGAACUUGUAUGCAGUAAGAAAAAGAUGGGGUGAUGUGGAAAUUGUGAAAGGGUUGAUGAGGAGAUUUGGAGGUAAGGAGGAGGCUGGGUGUAGUGCAAUUGAGGUUGAGGGAAACAUUUGGGAGUUUGUUGCUGGAGAUAGAGUUCUUCCUGAAUCAGAGAUGAUCUAUUUGGUGCUUAGACAUUUGCAGUUUCAAAUGAAAGUUCAAAUAAGAGAUGACCUGGAGCUAUUAUUGCAUUCUUACAGAUGCAAACUGGCCCUUUCUGGGGGAAAAAUUAUUACGUGCAGUGUCCGUACGUAUCCGGAGGUUAAUCCAGACGCGCCAUAUCAUCCAAUGCACAGUGCAUUGGAUGACGUGGCACCUACGGAUUAG